AUGGCAAAAGAAAAUGCUGAACUUAAAUCUAGAGUUGCGAAAUUAGAACAGAGGCAGUUGCAAAAUGAUGAAAAGAGCAACUUUAUUGCUAAAUCAGAUGAUAAUAUUAGGGAAAUCAAGCAAUCUUCAGUUAAUAUCUCAUCUACCGGAAUGGAAAAUUCUAAUGAUACUCACGCUUCAAAUUCUGAUGAACUCAAUAAUGCUCCAAAUUCUGAUCCUACUUCUCAAGAUCAAGAUCCGAUACAAAAGAAUUAUACACCCCAAAUCAAUCAGAAUGUUUUAGAAGAACCUCAAACACAAAGUACCAUUUCCUCCAAAAUAAAAAUUCCCUAUAAUCAGAAAGUAGAACAAGGUUUAUUACAUGAGUUAUUUGAAUUUAUUAGAGGCACCGAUUCCAUGUCCUUACAAAAUCUAAAGAAAACUCCAUUGAAUUCUAGCUUCAUUAAACAAAUUUCGGACAUUCCUAUUGAUAUAGAUCUAACUCCAGGUUCAAUUAUUUGGCAAGAAUUAGAUGCGAAAAUAUCAUCGUUUAAAUCUCAAAAAUUGAUCGGUGUGAAGAAUUCUUCAUGUGCACAUGGCCAACUGAAAUCUGAUAUAGAAACUAAAGUAUGUGAAGAAACUUUACCAAAAACUGAGGUAUGUAUUACAACCACUCCCUCUAUCUUGUCAUCUCAAAUCUCUAGCCACUCUGUGACUGCCUUCAGCAAUUCAGAAGAUAUAGUAAAUGAGAAUGGCGAAUUUUCAAAAAUCGUAAAUGUAUUUGAUGGCUUUUUAGAUUCUAACUCUGAUAGUA